AUGUCCUACUACGAUAUUGACGCCAUUUUGACAGAUGCCGAGAAAGUCCCCUGCAAAUUCGAACUCGAUGUCGCCGACCUAGGAUACCUCGACAAUAACCCCUCCCAUUCGUUAAAGGCAGGAACAAAUGUUGCUCUCCCUCUCUGGCUAGCCGAGAUGCUCGCCCUUGCCAACACGGGCACCGCCGAAGACUCCAAGGCUCCGGUCACGUUGAACCUCCCUUCCGCGCUUUCAAAUCAAGUUGUGCAAGCACUCAAGGCCGAUGCGCGGUCAGUACCAGUCAGAGACCAGAGCGCCCACUUCUAUGGACUCGGCACUCGCAUUCUGGAUCUUUUUGAGGAGCGCGACCUCAGCGAUACCAUGCGAAAGACCUUUGUAGCGCGCGCAUCCGAGAUCGCGUUGCAUGCCCGGAAAGGAGGCGAUGACGGUGUGGGGGGCUCGAGCGAGGAGUUCCUCCGUGGCCUAGACGAGUGGGAGCGAGGCCUUUUCCGAAAGGCUCACGACGGCACCAAAGCUUCCAAGGAGUGGAUGGACAAGGUCAAGAAGCACUGA